CUUUGAUCGAAAGCUGACGUAAGCUUCAAUUCUAUUCUGCCUCCAUCUCCUUUCUAUUACGCUCUUCAUCUUCUAGCUCUUCGACUUCCCCCACUUUCGGCGGCCUCCGCAUCCUUGGUUGCCCACUGCAUCCUCAUUCAGAAGGGCGGAGGAUGGCCCUCUACGUUAUCUCGCGGCGGUUAUCGGGCGGAUCAUCGGCUGUGCAUCCUUCCCUGGCCUUACGUCUUGCUCUCUCUUCUAGGGCCUAUUCUACUUCGUUUAGAGAAGAAAGAGAUACCUUUGGACCAAUUCAAGUCCCAUCCGACAAAUUAUGGGGCGCGCAAACUCAAAGGUCGUUGCAGAAUUUUGAUAUCGGUGGCGAGCGGGAACGAAUGCCUGAACCCAUUAUUCGUGCCUUUGGCGUCUUAAAAAAAGCCGCUGCUAAGGUGAACGUAGAAUACGGCCUUGAUCCCACCAUUGGGAAAGCUAUAAUGCAGGCUGCACAAGAAGUAGCGGAGGGGAAGCUAAAUGACCAUUUUCCACUAGUUGUAUGGCAAACUGGCAGCGGCACUCAAAGCAACAUGAAUGCUAAUGAGGUUAUUGCAAACAGAGCAGCUGAGAUUCUUGGUCAUAAGCGUGGUGAAAAGUUUGUGCACCCGAAUGACCAUGUCAAUAGAUCACAAUCUUCUAACGACACGUUUCCAACUGUAAUGCACAUCGCAGCUGCAACGGAAAUAAAUUCAAGACUAAUUCCAAAACUGAAAACCUUACAUUCUUCACUACAUUCCAAGUCUGUUGAAUUCAAAGAUAUUGUGAAGAUUGGGCGCACCCAUACUCAAGAUGCAACUCCGUUAACUCUUGGGCAGGAGUUUAGUGGCUAUACUACACAAGUGAAGUAUGGAAUUGAUCGAGUGAUGUGCACUUUGCCCCGAAUGUAUCAGUUGGCACAGGGCGGAACGGCUGUUGGGACUGGAUUGAAUACAAAGAAGGGGUUCGAUGUUAACAUAGCAGCAGCAGUAGCUGAGGAAACAAACUUGCCCUUUGUCACAGCAGAAAAUAAGUUUGAGGCCUUGGCUGCCCACGAUGCUUUUGUUGAAGCCAGUGGAGCCCUCAACACAGUUGCAACAUCUUUAAUGAAGAUUGCAAAUGAUAUACGUUUAUUAGGAAGUGGUCCUCGUUGUGGCCUUGGUGAACUCAUUCUUCCUGAAAAUGAACCAGGAAGCAGUAUUAUGCCUGGAAAGGUUAACCCUACCCAGUGUGAGGCUCUCACAAUGGUCUGUGCACAGGUCAUGGGAAACCAUGUAGCCAUCACAGUUGGUGGAGCAAACGGUCAUUUUGAACUCAAUGUAUUUAAACCGAUGAUUGCAGUUGUCUCCUGCAUGUAUGUUUCAUCCUCAUCGUCUCUUCAUCCCCAAUUACAACUUAUUUUAUGGCCUAUCCUAUGA